GGGGAGGAGGCCGCGGCGGGGCAGGGCGGGGACUGCCUGCCCGCCCGGUUGCGGAAGUGGUAGCCGCUGAGCCAGCCUGCUGCUUUCUGGCUAUCGCUUCGGCUUGCCAGCUCCCCCCGGGACACAGCCCAGCCCAGCUGUGGAUGGUCAGAUAGCUCCCAUCUCCUGCUGCUGGUUCCUGGCCCCAAGCAGCACGGAGCACACGGCGGCGGCGGCGGCAGCGGCGGGCGAGGGCGAAGAUGGCGGGACGGCUGCCGGCCUGUGUGGUGGACUGUGGAACGGGAUACACCAAACUAGGAUAUGCUGGAAAUACAGAACCACAGUUUAUCAUCCCUUCUUGUAUUGCGAUUAAGGAGUCAGCAAAAGUAGGUGACCAAGCUCAGAGGAGGGUGAUGAAAGGUGUUGAUGAUCUAGACUUCUUCAUUGGUGAUGAAGCAAUAGAAAAACCUACAUAUGCAACAAAGUGGCCAAUUCGCCAUGGUAUAGUUGAAGAUUGGGAUUUAAUGGAAAGGUUUAUGGAGCAAGUGAUCUUUAAAUAUUUAAGAGCAGAACCUGAAGACCAUUAUUUUCUUUUGACUGAACCUCCACUGAAUACUCCAGAAAACAGGGAAUAUACUGCUGAAAUAAUGUUUGAGUCCUUCAACGUUCCGGGCUUGUACAUUGCUGUGCAGGCUGUUCUUGCCUUAGCUGCAUCCUGGACCUCAAGACAAGUAGGAGAACGGACAUUGACUGGUACAGUAAUAGACAGCGGAGAUGGUGUUACUCAUGUUAUUCCUGUGGCUGAAGGGUAUGUGAUUGGCAGCUGUAUUAAGCAUAUUCCAAUUGCGGGACGAGAUAUAACAUAUUUUAUACAGCAGCUGUUGAGAGACCGAGAAGUAGGAAUCCCUCCAGAACAAUCUCUGGAAACUGCUAAGGCAGUAAAGGAGCGCUAUAGUUAUGUAUGCCCAGAUUUAGUAAAAGAGUUUAACAAGUACGACACAGAUGGAUCAAAGUGGAUUAAACAGUAUACUGGAAUCAAUGCCAUCUCAAAGAAAGAAUUUUCCAUUGAUGUUGGUUAUGAGAGAUUCCUGGGACCUGAAAUCUUUUUUCAUCCAGAGUUUGCUAAUCCAGACUUUACGCAACCUAUUUCAGAAGUUGUAGAUGAAGUAAUUCAGAAUUGUCCUAUUGAUGUCAGACGUCCUCUCUACAAGAAUAUUGUCCUCUCUGGAGGCUCAACCAUGUUCAGGGACUUUGGACGUCGCUUGCAAAGAGAUCUGAAAAGAACUGUAGAUGCCAGGCUGAAAUUAAGUGAGGAAUUGAGUGGCGGUAGAUUGAAGCCAAAACCAAUUGAUGUACAAGUUAUCACACACCAUAUGCAGCGAUAUGCAGUUUGGUUUGGAGGAUCAAUGCUGGCUUCCACGCCUGAGUUCUACCAAGUAUGCCACACCAAAAAGGAUUAUGAAGAAAUUGGACCUAGCAUUUGUCGUCACAAUCCAGUGUUUGGAGUCAUGUCGUAAAAUCAGGCUGUUGGGGUUAGGGAGGUGGAGAAGAGAUAAUCUUUCUGAUAUUCUGUUUUGUCUGGAUGGCUGGCAUUUUGAUGUUUUAAACCUGACAUGAAAUAGUAAGAGCAAACAUGAUCAUACAGGAGUAUUUUAAUAAGCAUAUCAACAUGGAGAUGUAAAAGAGAGCCAAAAUGAUUUUUUCUUUAAAUUGAAUAUUUGAAUCUUAUGUGUAAUAAAAAGAAGUGGGUUUUAGUUCUUUCUGUGCCCUGAUAUUUUGUAUAUUAAUGAAUUAUCCAAGAUUUGAUGGGAUUUAUCAGUAUGUAGAUAGCUCUAUAAUGCUUGAAUUGUACACUUCUAAGUGUGCAGUGCAAGAGCUUGUUUAUAUUUCAUACUUUUUAUACUUUGAGGAUAAAAGGUCAAAGAAAAGUAUUUGAGGAAACAAAAGUGACCAAGUAAAGGAUAAAUUUAAAUAACAGCCUCAUGAGACCUGGCAUCCACACUUAGGGGAUUCCAGUUAUUGUGGUAUGAAUUGCUUCCAUUUCCCUCUCCUCCUUAUCCCCACCACUGGUUUUCUUUGCAAGUGCUUUUGGAACUAAGAAGCUAGUGUCUUGGAUCAAAUGAUGGCUGCUAGUGCUCGCAUAUGUUUCUUGCUUUAAAUGGAAAGUAAAGACAAGACUGUUGGACCAGUAUUGCAGUUCUGUAGUAUCAUUUCUUAUUUAAAAAAAAAAAAAAAGAUUUGAUUAUCAAAAUUGGUAUAUAUAAAGCCUAACACCAUUCUAAUAAAGGCACAAAUUUCUUUUUAAUACUUGUUUCAGGCUCUUUGAUCUCUUUAUAAGUUAACUAAUAAAAUCUAUUUUCUUCAGAUCUCUGCAAUAGUUCUUUAAAAUUCACAACAGUUGGUUAGCAAACUGACUUUUUUAAUGUGCUCUGUACAAAUAAUUGUGAACUUUUAAUAUGUUGAGUGCUUUCAUUUUGAUAACUGGAUCUCCAUUUGAUAUUUUCAUUUGUAUGUCUCAUUUGCCGUCUGAAAUUUUUUUUUUUUGUGCCGGUCCCUGACAUAUCAUGGAAAGUUAAUUUUUUGCAUUUUAAAAUAUCUGGAUCAUGAAGAAAAAGUGAUGAAAAUAAAUUAAAAUUGAAUUAC